AUUGAAAUUGCUUUUUUUGGCAUAUCCAACAUUGUGCAAUCACCAAAUUUGGAACCAGAUAUUGGAUUCAGCUUUUGAUGUUGUCAAACCCUUUGUUAUAUUCUAAAAUAUCACAGAUACGCCCGUGUUAUAGUAUAGCAGUAGUCGCAUAUUCCAGAAAGGCAACUACUGUUUCCAUGCCAAUCACCAGGGAAGACACAGUGUUGUCCAGUAGAUGGGGUGUGAAUUGACACCCAUCACUUGAUGAAACUGGCUUUUAGUUAUACUUUUUUACUUGGUGCUUCAUUUUGCUUGAAUACGACCAUCAAUUUUUUAUCUAACCAUUGGUUUAGGAUCCAAUCGGGUUUCUCAACAAACAGCGCGAAAUCUAUGGUGAUGCGUUUACAUUGAAUCUUGUCAAUACCAAGAUGCAUUUUUUUAUCUCACCAGCUUAUCAACUUGCCUUUUUUCGUUUGGAUGACAAGUUUUCGCUUGAUCAAGCAUUUUAUGAUCGGUGUCCACCAUUUAAAAUUCAGGGCAUGACCGACAAGUAUAGUAAACUUUUUCUCAAGUUGACUGCAACAGCGCUUAACCAGCCCAAAAUGCUGCACGCAUAUCAUCCACUGAUGACUGAUGUUGUGUCGGCUACAAUUAUGGAGUUUACGCAAUCAGGCACUUUGGAUGUAUUUGAAUUGACUUCUUCAAUUGCCGUUAAAAUUGCCAUUGUUUGGAUUCUCGGUAAACAGUUUUACAAAGCACACGCAGAUGACAUGGUUCAACUGAUACUGCAGAUUGAAAAGGAUAUUGCCAGCCCAUUGAACUCUUUUUUUCCAGGUUGGCCCCAUCCACCUUGUAUCAGAAUGCAAAAAGCAAUAGAAACCAUGUUUAAAUGGGUGAGUCAUGAAAUUAAACUACGGAGAAUGGUCAAUGCAAAUGCACCCGUCCAAUGCGACUUACUACAGCUACUGCUUAAUUGCCACGAGUGUAACGUACUACUUGAAGCUGAUAUCUCUCGGUUUAUGCUUACACUUUUUUUGGCUGCACAUACAAACACGGCAGCCAAUAUGGGCUGGACAAUCUAUGAACUUGCUAAACAUACCCAUCUUCAACAACGUGUUCGAGCCGAAGUUGUACCUACUCAAACCACUGAAAGCUUAGAUUCCGACUCGACAUUCACCGACUUUUACCCAUCCUCUGGCACUCGAAAUCUUGAAUCGCAUAUGCCCAUUACAACUGCAUGUAUAAAAGAAACCGGACGUUUAUAUAUGAAGCUUUUACUUUUAAGGAAAUCGUUGUGCGAUGCUCAGUUUGGUGGAUACAAGAUUUUAAAAGGCGAGCUGAUUUGUAUUUCUCCUGGAUGUGUUGCACUUGAUUCUAAACUGUUCGAAUACCCAAAUGUAUACAAUCCCGAUCGGUGGUUACCAAGCAAUCACAAAAGUACAACCAGUAAACCCAAGAUUAUUCCACCAAUGAAUAUGCCACAGUUUGGAAUUGGAAAGCAUCAUUGUUUGGGUGAACGAGUAGUAUUGAUGGCCAUCAAAACAAUCGUGUUGCCUGAACUGCUCAGACGGUUUGAGUGUACGCUGGAUUCUAAUGAGCAAAUUGUAAUACCUGAUUAUUUUGGAUCAAUUAGUUCACCCUUUCCAAAACACCCCAUUCGAAUCAAAGUUGUCCCUAUAUAAUCAUUGCUGUAUUCAUGUAAACGCGACGCGAAAUAAUGGAAUCGAUAUA